CAUUUCAAUGUAUAAACAAAAAUCAAUGUUUAUUACCAUCUUUAGGUGAUUUUCUCAUUAUAAAUAUUGAUAGUGUCUGGUGUUGACUUGCAUAAACACACACAAGGUAAGCAACUCAAAUGAUGCUUGUGAUAUUAGAGUGUCUCAUUGUAGUUUGUAUUGUAUACCUCUUAUAUAAAUUCAUUGACCAAAAAAGAAACCAAUCAUGUUACAUCUUGCAUUACGAGUGCUUCAAGCCUCCUGAUGACCGGAAAGUCUCCACUGACUUUUCCGGUGAGAUGAUGAAGCGAUGCAACUUGCCUCUCGAGGAGUAUCGGUUUUUGUUGCGAGCUAUCGUUAGCUCAGGCAUCGGUGAAGACACUUACGGUCCAAGAAACUUCUUCACGGAAAACGGGACAAACUCUACGUUGUCCGACACCCAGUUUGAAAUGGACGAGUUUUUUACAGAAACCCUAGAUAAACUGUUUAGUAAAUCUAGGGUUUCUCCACAGGACAUUGACAUACUGGUUGUCAAUGUCUCUGUACUGACGUUAGUCCCAUCACUAACGUCACGUAUCAUCAACCAUUACAAAAUGCGAGAAGAUAUUAAAUCUUUUAACAUUUCAGGAAUGGGAUGUAGCGCGAGUUUGAUCUCGAUCAAUCUCGUCCAAAACAUGUUCAAAACUCAUCGAAACAAACUCGCUCUCGUCUUAACCACAGAGGCCAUCGCGCCAAACUGGUACAACGGGAAAGAAAGGUCCAUGAUCCUCACCAACUGCUUGUUUCGCUGUGGCGGUUGUUCAGUGCUCUUAACCAACAACCCGGCUCUACAAAACCGAGCCAUGUUCAAGCUAAAAUAUCUCGUUCGAACCCAUUUGGGCGCAAGCGAUGAAGCCCACACAUGUGGCUGGCAACAAGAAGAUGACAAGGGAAAUAUAGGGUUUUUCCUAGGGAAAAACUUACCAAAAACCGCCACGCGAGCUCUAACCGAGAACUUAAAAGAGAUAGCGCCGAAGAUACUACCAUUAACCGCGAUCUGCCGCUUCGUUUUGCUAGUAAACAUCCAGAAAUUUGGUGCUAAAUAUUUGCAUAUAAGGGGCAAAAAGAAAGUGGGUUUGAACUUCAAGUUAGGUGUGGACCAUUUUUGUUUGCACCCAGGUGGAAAGGCUGUGAUUGAAGGGGUUCAAAGGAGUUUAGGGUUAGGUGAUGAUGACAUGGAGCCAUCUAGGAUGACACUUCAUAGAUUUGGUAACACGUCAGCAAGUAGUUUGUGGUAUGUUUUAGGGUAUAUGGAGGCUAAAAAGAGGUUGAAAAAGGGAGAUAGGGUUUUGAUGAUCGGGUUCGGAUCCGGGUUCAAGUGUAACAGUUGCAUGUGGGAGGUAACAAGAGAUUUGGAUGAUAAAAAUGUUUGGGAAGAUUGUGUAGAUAAUUUUCCACCAAAGUCUUUAGUUAAUCCAUAUUUUGAGAAAUAUGGAUGGAUUAAUGAAGAAAAUGCUGCAACUGAGCUAGAAGCUUUAUUGGAAUCAUAAAUUCAUUCAUGAUUUAAAGGUAAUUAAUUAAGUUUGUUUUUAAUUUACAUGUAUAUUUUUAUUUGUUGAGUAAUAAGUAAAAAAAAAAAACAUUAAUCUUUUCGGAUUUUACUAAAUUGAUAAAGGUUUUUGUUCAGAAUUUAUAUAGAUGAAAUACAGUUUCAUAAAUAAUCAUUUACUGUAAACAUUUUUCAUUGUAAGCAUUCGUUUUGUAAUAAAUACAACAUUGAACA